AUGGGAAACAGCACAGGGUGGCAGCACCCAGAAGCUUGGCUGGCCAUCGUCACAAGCUUGGCUGGCAAUCCAGCUUUGGAUGAAGAGGUGAAGCUGCACCUCCGCCGAAUCUCGAACUUUGGUUCCGACGUCAGAGGCACAGAGGUCAACGAGCGGCAUCCCAGGGCAUCACCCAUCACGAUCGGCAGGCAGUUCCGUUUGUACUUCCUCGCAUUGGAGACCCCGAUGAGUCGGCAGUUGGAUGCACUCCGUAACCUAACACAAGUCAAGCUGCCGGUGUUCAGCGAGAAUUUCGACGGCCUGAAGCCUGAAUAUGCGUUUUCGGAUGCCAUUCGCGAAGUAAUUCUGGCAGAAGCCGAUGAUGCACGAUUGUUGGCAGAAGAAACUGCGCGAGGCGGGCUCAGCCAGGAGCUGGCUGCAGAACACCUUGAGAGACUGGCUGCAGAGCAGCCGCUCAUCGAGUCUUUGACUCCUUCGCAGCGCGAGUCUAUCACAAAGUCGCUGCAGCAGCGGCUGAGCCUGAUCCAAGGUCCACCUGGCACAGGGAAAACGCACGUUGCCUGUGCCAUCCUGGCAGUUUGGGCGUCCAUCUUCGCGCCACUGGGAGAGCGCAUCCUGGCAGUGGCCGAUUCGAACGUGGCGGCAGACAAUCUUUUUGUAAGAUUGAACAAGAUGGGAAUCCACAGUGUGCGGGUUGGGCAGGGCAAGCAGGCCGAAACUGAUAUUGCCGAAACGAGGAGACAGCUUCCUUCGGCCACGGUGGUGGUGGCCACAUGCAUUGGCAGCGGCACAGAGAUUCUCAAAUUUAAGGGUUUUGGCGGAUCAUUUCAGCGUGUCCUGGUCGAUGAGUGUACUCAGGCGUGUGAGCCAGCAGUGCUCGUGGCUCUCGGGCGGCGAUGCGAGCAGGUGGUCCUAAUCGGUGAUCACGCUCAGCUUCCCGCCACUGUGCUAUCCAAAGCCGCAAGCCACGAGGGUUUGAGCACUAGCCUUUUCGAGCGAAUGGCAAACCAAAAUUGCCUUGAGCCCACAGUCCUCUUGGAGCAGCGGAGAAUGCACAGCUCCAUCGCAGAGUUUCCCAACAGCGCAUUCUAUGGAGGUAGAUUAAUGAAUGCCGCAGAUGAUGCAAAGCUGACCGCAAUACCGGGCUUCCCAUGGCCAAAUCCGGACUGCAGAGUCUGCUUCGUAGAUGUGGCAAAGGGCCCCUCCAUGCUUGAGAGCCGUCGUGGCUUCUCAGCUUUCAACGUUGCCGAGGCGGAAACCCUGGUCGAUGUGUUGCAUGGAAUCAUCCGUGCUGGCUACCCUGAAGAUCAGAUUGUGGUGCUGACUGCUUAUCUGGCGCAGAAGCAGGAGAUAAUUCGCGUGCUACGCGAUCGUGGGCUUGGCCGCUACUUGCACCACGUCGCUGUCGACACUGUGGAUGGUUAUCAGGGAAUGGAACAGGGGCUUGUGCUCUUCAGCGCCACCCGCAGCAACGAGUCUCGCGCUUUGGGAUUCUUGGCAGACACCCGGCGGAUGAAUGUGAUGCUGACUCGUGCCAAACAAGGUCUCAUCGUUUUCGGAAAUGCGGACACACUUCGUUUGAGUGAAGCCGCGCAUUCGAGAUGGCCAGACUGGCUUGCCUGGGCCGAGAGCAAGACGGCGGUCCUUUCAGCCGAUGAGCUCGCAGAGAGGAUCCAGACCGAUACGAGGACGGAGGACACCGCGCGCCCCAGCGAAGAUCUGCAAGGUGAAUCGGCGGUUCCUCCGCCAGCCCAAGCUCAAUCCGGUUCGGUUUGGCAGCAAGUAUACUCUGAAGAGUAUCGCCGACACUACUACUGGAACACGGAGACAAAUGCAACGCAGUGGGAGCAGCCGCAGAACUUUACUCCGGCAUCCUGA